AUGUCGCCGAAAUUGAAACCACUGCUGCUGCCGCAGCUGGUGGAGGAGCGGAAGAAGCUGGAGCUGCAGCAGACCAACGACGGCGAGAACACGUACGUCUUCUACACAUACAAUUCAUCCUCGUCCGACCUCGCUUCACCAUCGCCGGUCACGCCGACCUUCUCGCGCGCCGGCCACUCGAGAUUUUCGGGGUCCGUUUCUUCACUCGAGAUUCCAACACACUCGUGCUCCGAGAGCCCAGCCUCCCCAGGGCCCGUACCGCAACCCCCGCAUGUCAACAAAACCACCAAGCCGCAAUUACCUGAUGUGCAGGAAGAACCGCUAGAGAGGGAAGAGGAGGGCACUAUUGCGAUGCCCGACUUCAGUGACCACGAGGCAGGCCUCUACGACUGCUUAUGUGACACUCCCUGCGCUCAUCAUGGCAAUCUUGUACAAAGCGCGACCUUGGAGUCUUGUAUGGCGUCGGACUUUGACUACGACUUGGGUUUUCUGAGUGACAGCGACUUCAACGCGAGUCCCCGGCAUAAGAAGCGGCGUCACGGAUCCGAUGCAAGCUUCUCGCGUUGGAGCACGAAAUUGGGGUCGAAACUACAGGGAUGGCGGUCGCCAUCUAUUUCAUCCAUCUCAAGAAGAUAUAAUCCAGCCUUCUCCCCGGCAUCCGACCCCUCUCUAGCGGACCAACGACCAAGUUUUUCCCGGGAACCGUCAAGCCGGUCCUCAUCCAUCUCAGCCCCUGGUCGCGGCGCUCCGGAUCGCCAGCAAGACCCUGCACUCCCUGCAACCCCUGCUCUUUCUCUCUAUGAGAGCUCUGAAAGUGUUGCCAUCUCUUCGCCCCUGGUCAAGAAGCCCUCGACAUUGGGAAAAAGUCUAGAGCGCGAGAGAGCCACGGCAACAACCCCUCUUCUACCUCCCCUUCUAACUGACACCUCUUGUCAUACGCAACCGCAGUCGCUCCAGGCAUCGCCGCUACAAUCCCCCUCUGUGGUGCCGUCACCAAACCCUGACAUCUCAGCUUUCAAGUCGUACCCGACGCCUCCUCUCAGCACAAAAGCAUCUGUCUCAUCCUUCCGUCGAGGGACGGUCACGAGCAUUUUCGGUGAUGCACCGUCUCCAGUACCUUGCUUCUUCGAUCACCAGGACUCGUGGUCCCACAGGCUGGGCCAUGCCAACUUCACCAUCGAGCCCAAGCCAUAUUUGCCUGAGACGGCCGACAUCGCCGCGUUGCAGGCUUUGCGCACGGAUUGGAGCCUGGCCAGGACAAACUAUGCCAAGCACCUUGUGCGGACAGGAGAGCACUACGGGGCUACAUCCAAGACAUACGCCCUCACGGAAGCCAAAUGGGCCGAGGUGGAGCAGGAAUGGAAGCGGAACGAGGCUGAUCUUAUCCAGCGGCUGGAUAGGGAAUCCCUGACAUCUCCCGAGCUCCACCGCACCGCCGAGGAUACACCCCCGUCCGCAAUCCCCCGGAUGCUCAGCGACGACGGCAAGUUUCCAGAGCUCGGGGAUGUCGAGAUUGUUGGGCCCAUGGUGCGCGACGCCGUCAUGGCCCGCGAUGGCCAAGACGAGAAGAGGAAUAGUGCCUCUACCUGGCUCAGGAGUCUUGCUGGAAAAGUUGGCCUACGCAAAUAA